AUGUCACUGCUGCCACCAGCCCCACCCCAUACUCCUGCGGGAAGUGCUGUUCAGCUUGGUGACGCUCCCCUGUUCUGCAUCAUGGGCCAAAAGUCCAACACAGAGGAGCUGCGGGCAGGCAACAUACUACAAAAAGAAACCUGGCUAGGCAACAUUAUUUACAACCAGGGUCAAAAGCAUAUCCUCCAAGUAUGGUUUGAACAUGACCCUUACCCUGAAAAAGCAACCAGGAAACAGCUGGCCAAGGAAACUGGCAUUCCAGAAUCUAAAAUUCAGAUUUGGUUUAAAAACCAGAGAGCAAGACAGAAAUACUUACCAAAAGGAGCCACACAAGACCAGACAUCUGUCCCAAGAACUCAAUCAAACAUCCUAGUUCAAGCCUUCGAGAGGAACCAAUUCCUUGAUAUUGCAACCAGGAAAACACGCCAAACAGGCAUUUCAGAAUCGAGGAUUCAAAUGUGAUUUCAGGACCCAAGAUCUCUGUACCCUGGGCAGAGCAAAAGUGAGCCUGUGAAUUCAUUGGUGGAUGGCCCAAAUGGGAGACCUGGUCUGACAGUUCAGCAGCACAAAAUUGACCUGUGCACUCUCCCAGGCAGAUCUCAUCAUUUUCCCUCCUCCAGUUCUUUCAGCAAGAACCAACCACUUCUACCUGUUCUUCUCCCAUCCCACGUAUCCUCUGUCCCUUGUGUGAGCCAAGGACAGAGUGUCAUGAUGCAGCCCAUGCAGGCUGUGCAGGGAGGAGAGAAGUCUCCCUCCACUCUAAUACUUGGAAAUUAUGUGCCAGUGCUGCUGCCUAUGGGAGGAGACCCAGAUACUCAGAAUUCUCUCUGGCCCCAAUACCAAGAACGCCAGGAUCACCAAGAACAGGCUGACAUGGGAGUACUGCAGUUGAAAGACUAUUCUCAGCCUCAACCUGAACACAAAAAACAACUGCCACAGGAUCUAGGCCAGGUGGACAUAUCUUACAUUCUGCAGUGGUGGGAUGAGUGCUGCCAGGCUCUGACUGCAGAGUGGGGUCCUCAAAAAAGGGACCCACUGAGACAGACUGGUGGCCACAGCACACAAAGUCAGCUGGAGCACCAUCUCAUGCCCUCAGCCAAAUGCACCAGCAAUAUAUAG